CAAGAGGGCCGGGAGCGCUGUGCGGAAGACCAAUGCUAAUGUGUUGUGGACUCUGGAGGACCGUGGCGAGGAGUCGGAGUGGGAGGAGGAGUGGGAGGAGGAGCAAAAGCAGCUGCAACCGCGGAACGAUUUCCAGGUAGACUUCGAGUCCGCGACCUUAGUCGAAUGAGCGUUUUGGCGCUUGCAAGUGACCCGCGCCUUCCUGUGUGUGCGCCCCUCCUUAUUUGACCCUGGUUAGCGUGUAGCUCUGACAGCCCUUUGCUAAAUGAUUAGGAUGAUGGCUAGCCAGAGGGCUCACCGGGGCGCUAGGGGGAGGCCCCGAGUUCAGUCCUCUGUCCUGGUCAAACAAGGAGGGAAACAGCGCCCGCCUGAUUGCGAGGAUGACAAAAUACGACGUGUGUAGGAUCCUCAACACACUGCUGGCACAAAGAGUCAGAAUGCAGAAAGGUAAUGGAUUGGUUCACAGUCAAAAGGCUGGGGCUGUACAAGCUCUCCAUGCAUAUCAUACUAAUGAUCCGAGUGUGCAAAAUGUUCCGCCAAGGCCUCAGAGGAUUCCGGGAAUAUCAAAUCAUUGCCUCUUCUCAGAGAAAGCAUCCUAUCUUCUCCUUCUGGGAUAAAAAGAAGCAAAGCCAAAUCACAUUUGAUACCAUGGACUUUGUUGCAGAGGAGGGUCACUUACCACCAAGAGCUAUAAAGAUCAUGAAGAAGCAGCCUUCCUGGAGGACAGAGCGUGAGAUCCAAUCCCUCUGUAACAUAUUUCAGGUUCUAAGUAGCUACCGGAACUACGAAGAGCCCCUGCAGCUGCUCCUGGCCAAAGUCAUGCGCUUUGAACGAGCAAAGAGCACACCCAGUCCAGAGGUCUUCCUCAUACAGAUCAGCCUCUGUGUUGCUACCAGCUCAACUGCUCAACUGGCCGUUGUCUUCCCCAGGUUUGGUCGCAGGCGUGUGAUUAUCAGGAAGGGGCAGAAGGGCAACAGCUUUUAUUUUGUCUAUCGGGGCACAGUCGCAGUAACUGAGGAUGAUGAUGGCAGCAGUGCCUUCCUGGAUCCCCACCCGAAAUUGUUGUACAAGGGUGACUCUUUUGGGGAAGUGGGCCUUAUGAAUGCUUCAGUAAGGAGGUCCACUGUGGUCUGUAUGGAAGAAACGGAGUUCUUGGUUGUUGACCAGGAGGACUUCCUCAAUCAUAAGCUGGACCAGGAAGUUCAGAAGGAUGCUCAGUAUCGGUUUGACUUUUUUAGGAAGAUGGAUCUGUUUGCAUCGUGGCCUGAUGAGAAGCUCUGGCAGCUCGUAGUCCUGGGGAAGAUAGAGAAAUACUCCUACAGGCAGCUGAUCUCAAAAGACCUUAUGGAAUCGUCUUGCAUCAUAUUUGUCUGCAAGGGCAGCUGUGAAGUCCUGAGGCUGAUAGACCUUGGGGACUGCCCCUCCUACUACAAGUGGGUCUGGCAGCAUCUGGAGCUGAUAGACAACAAGCCUCUGAGCCAGCACUUCAUUGAACCCUCUCCUAAGCAGAGAUUUAAGGAAUUCCAGAUCAAGUCAUAUCCUUUACAGGACUUCACUUAUUUGAAACUUCUGCAACUCCAGAAAGCCUGGAAGCAAGAGGGGACAAGUUUCAGUAGGACGAUCAAAACCUCAGGAAAUAGUCUCCCAAAGCUCUUCGGCCCUAAGAUCAAAUCCAAGCAUGUUCAGGCUGUCAAAUGUCCCAUGAUCAAUACCAAGUAUGGUGAGCUCCCUGUGGAGGCUGUGGUGGGGGCAUACAUCAAGAUCCACACUGUGGAGCAAGGAGAAAUGAUGGGCUUUCACGAGUUCUUCCUCCCAGACAACCAACCUGAUACUCGCCCCUUAAUCCUCAUGAGCCUGGGAUCGGAGUUGAUACGGAUGAGCAGAGACAAAUUUUAUGAACUGAUUGAUGAUGAGAUAAGACAGAAUUUGUUGCAGUCCAAGGUUGAGUACCCCAGUGAUGAAGAAAUGUGCCAGAAGUUCCUCAAGGAGAACAACUGGAAUGUCUUUCGGAAGGAUCUGUUGCGGCUGCUGGUGGAACCUCGCCAUAGUCUACCAUUCACCCCGAUCCAGCCCAAGAAGAAAGGGAUCUUUGACCCUCAGGCUCUGAUCCUGGAUUUGUGUAGAAUCAAUGAGAAGACUAAACCUCCCCAUCCUGUUUUCAUGGCUCCCCGGAAAUUCCUCCCCCCACUGAGGAUUGUCCAGGCCAUUACAGCACCCAGGUACAAAAUCCAGGAACUCCUGCCUCAGUAUAAAAAUGCUGGGGUUCUUAUUUAGAACUGAUAAAGGAUGUUGGACUAGCUGCUAUGUCUUCUGAAUGACUACCAGGGCAGCUGUGGAACUUGGAGGAGGGGGGCCUGGAGAGCUAAGCUGUGGGUCCAGAGCAGUGUUUAGGGACAGCAACUGGGGCACAGCUUCCCUUGACACUUGCAUGCCUGGCUGAGUGACAGAUGGUCCCAGGAGGCCAGGUGUGAAUAGGUUAAUCACUGGGGAUGGUCUCAGGAUGGGAGACUCUUUUAUUUUUUUAUUUUUUUGAGACAGAGUCUCGCUCUGUCACCCUGGGUAGAGUGCCAUGAGUCAUACCUUACAGCAACCUCAAUCUCUUGGGAUCAAGUGAUCCUCUUGCCUCAGCCUCCCAAGUAGCUGGGACUCUGGGUUUGCACCACUAUGCCAAAUUAGUUUUUUUCUAUUUUUUAGUAGAGACAGGGUCUCGCUCUUGCUCAGGCUGGUCUCGAACUCCUGAUCUCAAGCAAUCCACCUGUUUCAGACUCCCAUUGGGCUAAGAUUAGAAGCAUGAGCCACCAUGCCUGGCCGACUUUUUUUGGAGGAGGCAGAGUCUUGCUCUAGUGCCUGGACUAGAGUGUCAUGGCCUCAGCCUAGCUCAGAGCAACUCAAACUCCUGGGUUCAAACAGUCUUCCUGCCUCAGCCUCCCGAGUAGCUGGGUCUAUAGGUAUAUGCCAACACACCCGGAUAAUUUUUCUAUUUUUAGUAGAGAUGGGGUCUCUCUUUGCUUAGCCUGGUCUUGAACUCUAGACCUCAAGCAAUCUUCCUUCCUUAGCCUCCUAGAAUGCUAGGAUUACAGGCUGUCCAAGUAAGGUGGGCAGGUCAUAACCUGGUGAGCUGGGUGGGAGGUAGGGUGAGGGAGCAGCUAGUGGUCAAAUCAAAGUGGUCAAGAUGAGGGUUGCAAACACAAAUGCUUUCCAAGGCCAGACAGGUCAUCUAAAGAAGCAUAGCAGCAGGGCUGGGAAGGCAGGGACGCUGGAGACCUGAUGUGUACAUUACCCAGCCGGAGGAACAACGGCUGCUUGGCCCCAGUCAGUUAAUGCCAGAAAAUGAUGCAGGCCUUAUGUUGCCAGUCUGUAGAUUUUUUUUGAGAGAGUCAAGAAAUCCAAUAUUUUAGAUGAUUCUUUCUGGUUUUUAAACAUGAGCAACUAAUUCAAAUUCUUUUAGAAUAGUGUCAGACAAACACAACGCAUACUUUGGCUGUGUUGGGCCUGCAGGCUGUGGGCUGACCUGUCAGACUGGCGGGGCAUGGCCAGUGAGUGGAAUAAGGGUGUGUGUCAUUGCGCAGGGAUGGUACAAGGAGCCAGAGAGGUGCAGACAGGGCAGCAUGACAGGAGCAGGUGUCCUUGUCCAGGAGCAGGAGUGAGCCGCUGUGUCAGAGGGGGCAGGCCAGAGACACAGACGCGGGAGGGUGGGUGCAAAAGAGGGCACCUCUGUCUCUCUGGGGAGGGUCCUUAAUCUGGGGCUGCCUGUCACUGGCCCGGGCCUAGAACUCAGGGUUCUUAUCUCCAAACAGCCCUGGAUACGAUAUCCCCACUCCCUUAAGAAACCACACAGGUUGGUAUGAGAGUUGAUGGGCCUGAUAGAGGCCAUGGUGUCAGCUUGGGAGCCUAGGCCCCUCCACACCCCCACCCUGGCAGGGAGUGGGUUCUGAGGAACACAUAAGCCCUGAGCUGGGUUCUGGGAGCUCCACCAAGCCUGGCUCUGUUUCUACUUCACUGGACUCCCUCAAGCACUUCAAAUCCUCAGUUUCCCCAGUGGUGAAAUGAGCACCUUGGCCAAGAUCAUUGGUUUUCAUGAAUGAAGGGUGAGUACAAUUUGAAAAGCAUAUUCAACAUUAUAAUUUUUCUUAUUGAAUUGAAAAUAAAACCG